AUGACCUCAUUGACUUGGCUCGGGGCUUUCUGCGGCAUCUGCGCAUUGUGCGUGGGGGUCUCGGCAGAUUGCCUUUCCUCCAUUGGGGUGGUGGACCAGUUUCUGUCAGAGGCGGAAGUAGGCGUUCUGAAGAGCACCCGUGGGGACGAUCUGCAGCACGAGGGGAUCCGGCAGCGUCUGAAUGAGGCCUUGGGCGGAAGCGUUCUGGUGAAGGGCAUCGCAAGUUCGCGCAAGACCGCGGACGUGCCGAAGCACCAGGACCAAUGGAGCAGCAAGCGUGUUGUGGAGGGAAAGGCGGGUGUGGUCUACCUGGAGUCCGCCGCAGACGGCGGCAACCUGGGCAGCAUCCUCUUCGAGGAUCUCAGCUCCAAAGCUGUGAAGGAGGUGGAGGUCGUGCCUGGGCGGCUGAUCACCUGGGACAACCAUCUCUGCCUCCACGGCUUCCGUGCACGCCACGACGGCCCAAGGCAUACUCUGGACCAGCAGCCCUUUGAGGAGCCCGCUCAGCUCACGGAUGUCGCCGACGCCCGGGAUGGUUGCAAGCCCUGGUGUUUCAAGAAGGGCGCAUUCCUGAUCCCCGGAUGCCGCGGGUGCUUCAAGAAAUAUUAUGGGAAAUAUUAUGGGCCCUCUCCCCCUCCCACUACGACAACCGGCUUGAAGGCGGCGGUGAAGGUGGCUGUGCCGCCUACUACGACAACCGUUGGCUUGAAGGCGGCAAUAUCCUCGGAUGUGGAUUUGAGGUUGGCUGCUAUUCCUGAUAAGACGGCGGCACCCGCUCAGCUCGCGGACGUCGAUGCCGUCGAUGCCCGGGACGGUUGCAAGCCCUGGUGUUUCAAGAAGGGCGCCUUCCUGAUCCCCGGAUGCCGCGGGUGCUUCAAGAAAUAUUAUGGGAAGCAUUAUGGGCCCUCCCCUCCUCCCACUACGACAACCGGCUUGAAGGCGGCGGUGAAGGUGGCUGUGCCGCUUACUACGACAACCGUUGGCUUGAAGGCGGCAAUAUCCUCGGAUGUGGAAGUGAAUUUGGCUGCUAUUCCUGAUGAGACGGCGGCACCGGUUCCGGUGCAGGGCGGAGCACAUGAGCGACGCCGCGCUGAGCAUGGCCAGCUAGCACCUCACGAAGUCGACGCUGUGCAUUUCAUGCAGAUGCCCGACGAGCUGUAG